AUGUGUAAAUCCAGGAGAUAUAAUAAGAUAUCGAAUAAAAUUGUCAACAUCAAUGAAGAUUGUUCUGAGGAUACCUCUGAAAAAGAUCAGUAUGAGUUAGGCCAAAGCGAAACUGACAUUGAAAGUUCUGAAUACAUUGAAAGUGGUGAGAUAGAAAGAUUUUCGGAUAAUGAAGAGGAAACAUCCCUGGAAGUGUGUCGUAACAAGAAAAGGACGCGUAUUCUUUCUAGUUCUGACUCCGAGGAUGAAAGAACGAGCAUUCCAAGCACAUCCCAAAAUGUAAUGGAUGAAAUUAAAAUUGCAAUUGACGAGACACAGUGGAUAAAACUGAAAGCAGGGGGAUCUAGGGGUAGGACGCCCGUUCGUAUGAUAUUCAAGGAUAUCGCAAGGUCUACUGGUUAUGCUAAGAGAAAUAUUAUGUCGGAUUGUGUAACUAGUGCUUUCGAAUUGAUAAUUGGCAGACACAUAAUGGAACACAUAAAAGAUUGCACUGAAACCGAGGCGCAUCGAGUUUUGAAAAAAGACUGGACAAUAACAGUUGCUGAGUUACUUAUACAUAUGAGGCGAGAUCAUUGA